AUGCCAAAUGAUACUAAAAUUAUAACAGAAUCUGAAUUUCCUCAAGUAUUUGGAAGCUUUAUAAGACAACCUGCAAGUUUCCUAGUUGCAUUCUACGCAUGUGUUAGACAGUUAGGUAUAACUACACUGAGAAAUCAACAAGUAUUUGUGGCUAGAAUAACUCAAGUUGCAGGUAUGGGUGUUAUUAUUGCACUUUUCUUUGCACCAUUAAAGAAUAAUUAUAUUGGUGUUUCAAAUAGAUUAGGUCUUGUACAAGAAGUUACAAGCCUUUAUUUUUGUGGUAUGCUAAAUAAUUUAAGUUCAUAUCCUGAUCAAAGAAAUUAUUUUUACCAUGAAUAUGAUGAUCGAGUUUAUGGAAUCUUACCCUUUUUUUUAAGUUACAUGAUUGUGGAAAUUCCAUUUGAAAUAAUUUCAAGCCUCAUAUUUGCAGCUUUCUUAGGACCAAUUGUUGGAUUACCAAGAACCGCGGAAAUGUUUUUCUCUAUAGCUUAUGUUUCAUUUCUCAUUACAUUUUGUGGUGAAAGUUUAGGUAUUAUUACAAAUACACUAUUCCAUCAUGCGGGUUUUGCUGUUAAUAUUGUUUCAAUUAUCCUAUCAAUUGGUACAUUUAUGGCUGGUAUUAUGUCAUUGCAAAUGGAUGGAGUAUUAAAAGGUAUAAAUUGGAUAAGUCCUUUAAAAUAUGGUAUGGGUAUCUUGUUAAAUAUGGCAUUAUCUGAUGAUGUGAAAUUUACUUGUGACGAUUCUUCAAGAGAUAAUCAAGGUAAUUGUAUUUUCAGUGAUGGUGGAGAUGUCUUAAGACAAUAUAAUUUAAAAGCACCAUAUAAAAAAUUCUUAGGUGUUUUACUUGCAGUUGCAAUUAUUUAUCGUGUCAUUGCUUAUGGUAUUUUAAGAUUAAAAUUGGUUAAAAUUAAUCUUGGAUCUAGAAAACAAUGA